AAUAAUGAUAGUGUAGAAGAUGAUAAUGCAGAGAAUAACAGUGUAAAGGAUGAUAAUGUAGAGGAUAAUAUUAUAUCUCAUGCUAUUAAACGAUACGUUCGUGUUGGAUAUGAAGUAAUAGAAGGAUCCGAUAUU